GCCAAGAGAACCGCGAUGAAAGUACCAGCAGAGUCGCAGAAAACCCUAGGAAGCAGUCUGGGAAGAGAGGGAAAGAUGCAGAUCUUCGUGAAAACACUAACCGGGAAGACCAUCACCCUUGAGGUGGAGUCAAGUGACACCAUCGAUAAUGUUAAAACGAAGAUUCAAGACAAAGAAGGGAUUCCUCCGGACCAGCAGAGGUUGAUCUUCGCCGGGAAACAGCUGGAAGAUGGCCGCACCCUUGCCGAUUACAACAUUCAGAAAGAGUCAACAUUGCAUCUUGUUUUGAGGCUUCGUGGUGGCAUUAUUGAGCCAUCUUUGAUGGCAUUGGCCAGGAAAUAUAACCAGGAUAAGAUGAUCUGCCGCAAGUGUUAUGCACGCUUACACCCCCGUGCUGUGAACUGCAGGAAAAAGAAGUGUGGACACAGCAACCAGUUGAGGCCAAAGAAGAAGAUCAAGUAAACUGUUCUGAUUGCAAAAAGGAAUUCCGUGUUAUGGAUUUCUUGUAAUCCUGAUUACUCCAUUAGCUUAUUAGUAUUGUAGGGAAUCUGUUGGAAAUUUGACCGGCAAAAUUACUCUGAUUUUGGUUCAGUUUGAGACGGAUUGGUAUCAAUUAUGCUACAGUUCCAUGUGAUGACACAAUUUUGUUGCUUUUG